CUACAGGCUUUUCUCGCCACACCCCAACAAAAAAACCGCAAGGAUGAUCGUCCUCUCUCCGAUUUGCAAGGAGCUAGAGGAAUUCACCCCCUAUCCAUUUUACUUUUUGCAAAUGGAAGCAGAGAAAAAGAAGCAAAAGACCGAACACAAAGGAGGCAUGUUUUCAUCGACCCCACCGAAGAUUGUACCCGGUAAGUGACGCGAUUCGAAAGCUCAAGAGAAACGCGGUUGCCCCGGGUGGGCGAAGACAUCCCGCUUGGCUCUCGCAGGCACGAUUGGCUUGGUUUGGGUUGGUUUGGCUUUGGUUGUGCGAGAACGAAGCAGGAUCGACCACGGCGUGGCUGCCGUGUGUUGCGAUGCCUUGUGAUGCGAUGCUACGUGAUGCGAUGCUAUGUGAUGCCAAACGGCCCUUUGCGAUCUUUUGAACUGUUGACUCAACACAAGCAACCGUCUGCCAUGUGCUCUGCUUCGCUUCGCUUCGCUUUGCUUUGCUUCACUCCACACAGUGACCGUCCUGACGGGCUUUCUCGGAAGCGGGAAGACGACCCUCCUGAACCACAUCCUGAACGAUGGCAACCACGGAAUGAAGUUCGCCAUCAUCGAGAACGAGUUUGGCGAGGUGGGCGUCGACGAGAACAUUUUGUCGGAGAACGCCGACGAGGAGGUCAUCGAGGUGAUGAACGGGUGCAUCUGCUGCACGGUCCGGGGGGACCUGGUGGUGGCCCUCAAGAAGCUCUACGACCGCGUGGAGAAGUUCGACGGGGUYAUCAUCGAGACCACCGGCCUGGCCGACCCCGCCCCCGUCGUGCAGACCUUUUUCGUCGACGAGGACGUCAAGGCCAAGUACCGCCUCGACGCGGUCAUCACCGUCGUGGACGCCAAGCACAUCAUGGCGCGACUCAAGGAAGAAAAGCCGGAGGGCGUCGAGAACGAGUCGGUCGAGCAGAUUGCCUUUGCCGACAAGGUCCUCCUCAACAAGAUCGACCUGGUGCCCGACGCCGAGGAGCUGGCCAAGAUCGAGGGGGAGAUCAAGAAGAUCAACCCCGCCGCCGCCAUCAAGCGGACCCAGCACAGCAAGCUCGACCCCAAGGAGCUCCUCAACAUCCAGGCCUUUGAGCUGGACCGCGUCCUCGAGUUCGAGCCGGACUUUCUGGACGAGGACGGCGAGCACAUGCACGACGAAACGGUCACCUCGGUGGCCCUCAAGGUCAAGGGAGACCCCCUCAACGUCAACCUCAUGCAGCGCUGGAUCCAGCGCCUGGUCACGGAGGACGGUGCCAAUCUCUACCGGUACAAGGGAGUGGUACGUGGAGCAGCGCAGGAUUGGAUUGGAUUGGAUUGGAUUGAAUUGUGUCGCCUCGGACCUUGUCGGUGGUUUGCAACGGUCGUUGUUUGUCUCACAUUGCUUUUCUUGCCCGGACUCUCGCUUUUGUCGUCGCUGUCGUUCUUGUCGCUGUUGUUGUUGUUCGUUUCAUUCGCCGUCGAUUUGUGGAUAGCUUGCCGUCAAGGGAAUGGACGAAAAGUUUGUCUUCCAGGGCGUCGGAAUGAUCUUUUCGGGAGGUUUCGACGAACAACCCUGGAAGGAGCCCGAGGAGGAGCGCGAGAGCCGGUUCGUCUUUAUCGGAAAGAACCUCAACCACGAGUUCCUCCGGGAGGGCUUUAUGGCCUGCCGCGUCACCGACAAGCUCCGGUUCGAGAUCGGCCAGGAGGUCGAGGCGAACGUCGGGGAGUUCACCAAGGGGGUCGUCGUCAAGCACUGGGACGAGGGAAACGCCUACCGCAUCCAGCUGAACAACGACGCCAAGGUCAACGUCUGGGCGCCCAUCGACAUUGACGCCUACGUGCGCGCCCCCGGCAGCGGGGGCAAGGCCUAGGCACCGGAUGUGAUUGUUAACAAUGCCCCGCGGAGCAAAACAGAAACGCCGCAGAACAGAACACAACACAACCGCGGCACGGACCGCCGAACUUUUUACGCUUUUUUUGGUUUCGUGURGGAGGUAGGCACACCCCCGGGAUGGGAUGGGACGGAAAGAGCAGCACAAACCCAGCCAGCCAAGCACUGCUACGUUUGAUAGUAUAGUACAGUUAGUUUAUAGUGGUACACCAUAACGCAAAAUUUAUUAUA